AUGAAACCUCUCCUCAUCCUGCUUGCCUUCCUCUCCCUUUGGGAUCUAGUGAUGGCAGGUUAUAACCUGUUUUCACUAGAAUUACACAGAAAAUGCCACAGAGGUGGCACCUGCAGACUAGAGUGCUAUGGCAGUGAGAUGCUGAUUGCCUACUGCCUGUUUCAUCUGGAAUGCUGCCGCACAGGACACCCUCCACCCUGA